AUGGCGGACGCCGAGCUGGACUUCCAGACGGGCGAUGCCGGGGCAUCGGCCACCUACCCAAUGCAGUGCUCGGCCUUGCGAAAGAACGGCCACGUGGUCCUCAAAGGCCGCCCUUGCAAGAUUAUGGAGAUGUCCACCUCCAAGACGGGCAAGCACGGCCACGCCAAGGUCCACCUGGUCGGCAUUGACAUCUUUUCCGGGAAGAAGUAUGAAGAUAUCUGUCCUUCCACCCACAACAUGGACGUCCCCAACAUUAAGCGGGUGGACUACCAACUGAUUGGGAUCCAAGAUGGCUACCUGUCACUGCUCCAGGACAGCGGGGAGGUGAGAGAGGACCUGAAGAUCCCGGAAGGCGAUUUGGGCAAAGAAAUAGAGAACAAAAACGAAGCCGGGGAAGAAAUCCUGGUAACUGUUCUCAAUGCAAUGGACGAGGAAGCCGCCAUUGGCAUUAAAGCUUUGGGGAAAUAG